UCCUCUUGAGUAUGUAACUUCCUGUGGCAGUUUGAUAGACGCGAACGUAUUUCACAAUCUGCAACUUCUGUGCCUUCGCUUGUGGAGUUUUAUCCUUCGAAGAAUGGGGAGCGUGUUGGAAAUGUUACUGUGGGCCUGGAUUAUCCUGGACUCCAGGGUGCGUUCAGUCUUGGUGCCAGAAAUCACUGAUGGGGAGUUCAUUAAUGAAUGUGUGAGGGAGCACAACAGGGCGCGGUCAUCUGUCAGUCCACCUGCCAGUAACAUGCUGUACAUGUCAUGGGAUGCGGGCUUGGCCAUUACUGCAAAAGCAUGGGCAAGGCACUGCGUGUUUAAACACAACGUCUACCUCGAAGAUGUCCGCCGUGUGCACCCUACCUUCUCCUCUGUUGGAGAAAACAUAUGGAUGGGUAGCCAAUCAUUAUUUAAUGUGACAUUCGCCGUAAAGAGAUGGGUGGAUGAAAAAGCAAACUACAACUACCAAUCGAGAACUUGCACUGACGUCUGCGGGCACUACACACAGGUUGUGUGGGAAAGCAGUUACAAGGUUGGUUGUGCCGCCCAGCUGUGCACAGAGAAAAAUGUCCUUUUUGUUUGCAACUAUGCUGAAGGGGGUAACAUAAGAGGACAGCAACCAUAUAAAUCUCAAGGGACAGCCUGCUCCGAGUGUAAAGACACCUGUGUGGACAAUCUCUGCUGUAACAAAAAACGAGAUUCACAGAAAAGAUACAGCUGGACCCCAGAUUGGGACCCUGCCCCGGUUGCAAGCUCCCAAUUGUCUGACUCCCAGUUGUCUGACUCCCAAUUGUCUGACUCCCAAUUGUCUGACUCCCACCACUUUGUGACUAUUCUGGUUGCCCGGCCCAUUGCGCUUAUCUUCACCUUCAUCACAGCAUAUGCAGUCCACUACUGUUACCCUGAUAUUUUCUGCUAUGAGUAGAACCCCUGUUUUGACCUGAACAACAUGGACUUAUCCAACAAGUGUUAAGAAAAAGAUGUGAGUUCAAUUAAAUCUUUAAUUUUUGGUCUGUAUACUGCUUUUAAAUCCCAACAGCUGUACAUAACCUAUUCAAAAAAAAAAAAAAAAUACAUGCAUGUGUAAAGAACUAA